GAAGUACUGGAGCAAAGAUCUUGAAAAGAAUUUAAGAAGCUUAAUAUUCUAUUUACUAAUACUAAGAUCUAGAUUUAGAGCUGAUUAUAUCAAAGAUAAAGCAAACUACAUUUAUUCACUGUGCAAAGGAAUAUGUAGCAAUUUAAUUAGUAAAACAAUGAUCUUUACAUAUCUUGGACGAGAUAAAAGGGGUGUUACAGCCGAAACUUAAAAUGCAGUGAAAGGUGAGUAUGCUUAAGUUAUAUAAAAAAAACUUUAAUGAGACUCCCAAGUCUUACAAAAUCUUGAGGAACUCUAAAAUUCAGUGAAUAAAUACUCAAUUUUAUAUAAUUUGGAAACAGAAGCCUGAUUUCAGAUUUCCCACUAUGUUUAGAAAAAAGGUUGUCCGAUUCACAAACUUCAUGCUUUUGAUAACUUGCAAACCGAGGCAGCACUUUAAUCUUGCGACGACUUUACGAGGUGUGGGGUGUGUAUCAGAUGAUUGUUUGGCAAGGAGUGUUUAUAAGAUGCUUAAAGUUUUAUUUAGGGUGAGACAUGGUUACAAAAAAAAUUUGAAACUACGUGAGGUUGGAGACUAACUUAGGGCUAAAGAAAAUAGAAAUGUAAGACUCGCCAUAAUCGAUAACCUAGUGCUAGCUAUACGGAUGAAAGGUAGUAUGCAGUAAAUAAUUGUUUACUUGAGGGGAGUAGUUGCAAAAACUGGAGAAAACUUAUCAAGUAAAGAUAUAAUAUAUUUUUAAUAGCAUAACGCUACUUUAGGAAAGGCAAACGCGGAGGUUGAUAUCUGUUAAACACUUGAUAAAAGUUAUACUGGAUGAACUGCAGUUCCUGUUGCUUUCCUGCGUUAACAACCGAUGUAGAAGUUCAUUCUUUAGAAGAAGCCUCUUCUCCCGAAAACUUGAUUUCCUUACCUUUAAAAAAAUCAAGGGACUAUCGCUCUUUUGUGUUUAUUGAACACGUCGACUUUGGACUUCUGCUACUUUUAGCUCAUAAACGUAAUAAAGGCUCGCAUUAUCAACUGCCAGGAGGCCACAUCGAUACCCUUGAAAUUCAACAUUUUGGCUUAAAAAGGGCUGCCUUAAUAGCUGCCAUUAGAGAAGUUUACGAAGAAACCGGGCUUAGUUUUUCCAGCUCUCCAAAACGAUUAAUAUUUAUGGCGUUUCCUGGAAGCCCGGAUGGUUCUUUAAAGGGCCGCUUUUACUUCCGUGUGUCCAUCAGCGACAGCGAUUCUGUAAAUAGCAGCACUUCACCUGCCUCGUGCAUAAAAAGUGCUUCUGGAGAGAAUUUCUAUUUGCGCCUCUCCGACGAGCACGUGGGAUUUAAAUUUGAAAAAGAUUAUAGAGUUGCAACCAACGACAUCAGAAAGCAUUCUGGCGGUAAAAAUUCGCAGGCAUUGUGUGUUUAUUAUGGCAAGCUGAGAAUGUCCUGAUUGAAAGCCAGAAUACUUUUUAAAAUUUUAAGUUGAUGAAAAAAAUUUGUAAAGCUA